AUGCACAUCAACACAUCCCAGUAUAGACCUAUAUGUUUGGUGGGAUGCAUGUACAAGGCUAUUUCAAAACUUCUAGUUGGUAGGUUGAAAAAGGUUCUCCAUGCGAUUAUCUCUCCUUCUCAAAAUGCUUUUGUGUCGGGUAGACAACUUCUUGACGGAGUGGUGGUUGCAAAUGAGGUUGUGGAUUUAGUCAAAAUAGAGGGAAGAAGGAGUAUUUUAUUCAAUGUAGAUUUUGAGAAAGCUUAUGACAAAGUUUCUUGGAAUUUCCUUAGGUAUAUUAUGGAUAGAAUGGGGUUUGGUGUAUUGUGGAGGACAUGGGUGGAUAUCUUGGUUUUCCAUAGUAAGAUGUUCGUUUUGGUGAAUGGGUGUCCAACAAAGGAGCUUGUGGGCCUAGCGGGUUUAGUGAGGAAAUCAGUGGAGAAUAGUGAAUUCAAAGGUCUUGAUAUUAAGGGGGAGUGUGAGGUGGAUAUUCUCCAAUUUGCAGAUGACACACUUUUAGUGGGUGAAGGGUCAUAUAGGCAUGUUUUGGCUAUCAAGGAGGUUCUUUCUUGCAAGGUGGAAGAGGGGAUGUUUACUUUUAUUGGUAUUGUCAUUGGGUGUAAUCCGCGUAAGGUAGCGACUUGGAAGCCUCCUGAAGCGUUGUGGUUGGAAACGGUUUGUUUAAAGAAGGAUUUUCCGGAAUUAUAUGAGAAAUCUAGUUUGAAGAAGGUGGCGGUGGCGGGUAUGGGAGGUGGCGGUGGCGGGUAUGGGAGGUUGGGUGAAUGGGGUAUGGACUUGGGGGAAUUGUGGGAUUAA